UCUCGGCGGAGCCCCGCUCCCGCCGCGCCAUGGCCCGGAGACCCCGGCACAGCAUUUACAGUAGCGACGAGGAUGACGACGAUAUUGAGAUGUGUGACCACGACUAUGACGGGCUGCUUCCCAAAUCCGGAAAGCGUCACUUGGGGAAAACUAGGUGGACCAGGGAAGAGGAUGAAAAACUAAAGAAGCUGGUGGAACAGAAUGGAACAGAUGACUGGAAAGUUAUUGCCAAUUAUCUCCCGAAUCGAACAGAUGUGCAGUGCCAGCACCGAUGGCAGAAAGUACUAAAUCCUGAGCUCAUCAAGGGCCCUUGGACCAAAGAAGAAGACCAGAGAGUGAUAGAGCUUGUACAGAAAUACGGUCCGAAACGUUGGUCUGUUAUUGCCAAGCACUUAAAAGGGAGAAUUGGAAAACAAUGUAGGGAGAGGUGGCAUAACCACUUGAAUCCAGAAGUUAAGAAAACCUCCUGGACAGAAGAGGAAGACAGAAUUAUUUACCAGGCACACAAGAGACUGGGGAACAGAUGGGCAGAAAUCGCAAAGCUGCUGCCUGGACGAACUGAUAAUGCUAUCAAGAACCAUUGGAAUUCGACAAUGCGACGGAAGGUCGAACAGGAAGGUUAUCUGCAGGAGUCUUCCAAAGCCAGCCAGCCUACAGUGGCCACAAGCUUCCAGAAGAACAGUCAUUUGAUGGGGUUUGCUCACACGCCACCUUCAACUCAACUCCCUCCAGCAGGCCAGCCCUCAGUUAACAAUGACUAUUCCUAUUACCACAUUUCCGAAGCACAAAACGUGCCCAGUCCAGUUCCGUAUCCUGUAGCGUUACAUGUAAAUAUAGUCAAUGUCCCUCAACCAGCUGCUGCGGCCAUUCAGAGACACUAUAAUGAUGAAGACCCUGAGAAAGAAAAGCGAAUAAAGGAAUUAGAGUUGCUCCUGAUGUCGACCGAGAACGAGCUCAAAGGACAGCAGGCGCUACCAACACAGAACCACACGUGCAGCUACCCUGGGUGGCACAGCGCCUCCAUGGGCGACCACAGCAGACCUCAUGGAGACAGUGCACCUGUUUCCUGUUUGGGAGAACACCACUCUACUCCAUCUCUACCGGUGGAUCCCAGCUCCCUACCUGAAGAGAGCGCCUCGCCGGCAAGGUGUAUGAUCGUCCACCAGGGCACCAUUUUGGACAAUGUUAAGAAUCUCUUAGAAUUUGCAGAAACACUCCAAUUCAUAGAUUCUUUCUUAAACACUUCCAGUAACCACGAAAACUUAGACUUGGAAAUGCCUUCUUUAACUUCAACCCCUCUCAGUGGUCACAAAUUGACUGUUACAACGCCAUUUCAUAAAGACCAGACUGUGAAAACUCAAAAGGAGAAUGCUAUUUUUAGAACUCCAGCGAUCAAAAGGUCAGUCCUAGAAAGCUCUCCAAGAACUCCUACACCGUUCAAACAUGCACUUGCAGCUCAAGAAAUUAAAUAUGGCCCCCUGAAGAUGCUACCUCAGACGCCCUCUCACCUCGUGGAAGACCUACAGGAUGUGAUCAAACAGGAAUCUGAUGAGUCUGGAAUUGUUGCCGAAUUUCCAGAAGGUGGACCACCUCUGCUGAAGAAAAUCAAGCAAGAGGUGGAGUCUCCGACUGAUAAAGCAGGAAACUUCUUCUGCUCCAGUCACUGGGAAGGGGACAGUCUAAAUACCCAGCUGUUCCCUCAGGCAUCACCUGUAGCAGAUGCACCAAAUAUUCUUACAAGUUCCGUUUUAAUGACACCAGUAUCAGAGGAUGAAGACAAUGUCCUGAAAGCGUUUACUGUACCUAAAAACAGGUCCCUGGCCAGUCCCUUGCAGCCUUGUAGCGGUGCCUGGGAACCUGCAUCCUGCGGGAAGACGGAAGAUCAGAUGACAGCCUCCGGCCAGCCUCGUAAAUAUGUGAAUGCGUUCUCAGCCCGGACUCUGGUCAUGUGAGACGUUGCCAGAAAAGCAUUAUGGUUUUCAGAACACUUCAAGUUGACUUGGGAUAUUUCAUUCCUCAACAUGAAACUUUUCAUGAAUGGGAGAAGAACCUAUUUUUGUUGUGGUACAACAGUUGAGAGCAGCACCAAGUGCAUUUAGUUGGAUAAAAUCUUAUUGGAUUUCACCCAACUAAAAUGAUUUUUAAAAAUAAA